GGGCAUAGACGCACGGCGGGCAUUUAUCGUGUCCACAUCGUCAGACUUUUUGACACGUAUCGGCUACGUUCGCUCCUUUCACGGCAGAUUCACAGUCCAUCAACAGCGGUUCCACGAGAAGCCAGCCGACUUUCGUUUUUCCCGUGCCACAUCCCAACUUUUGCUGCAAUCAUGUCUGACAAAACGAGUUCCGGAUUCACCAAGGAAGAAGAGUUGCUGCUGCAGGAUUUCAGCCGGAACGUGAGCACCAAAUCGAACGCACUCUUCUACGGAAAUGCAUUCAUUAUUUCCGCAGUGCCAAUCUGGCUCUUCUGGAGGGUGCACCAAAUGGAGUUGCUCCCGUCGUUGGUAUUCUUCGCCAUCGUUACUGGACUGUGCACCUACCUGAUGGCCAUGGCCUACAAGAACACCAAGUUCACCCUGAAGCACAAGAUUGCCAACAAGCGGGAGGAUGCCGUCACCCGGGAGAUGACCGCUCUGCUGGCCGAUGACAAGAAAAUCAGCCGCAAGGAAAAGGACGAACGCAUCCUGUGGAAGAAGAACGAUGUCGCCGAAUACGAAGCGACCACUUUCUCCAUCUUCUACAACAAUGCCCUGUUCCUGGCGGUGGUCAUCUUCGCCAGCUUCUACCUCCUGCGUUCCUUCACUCCCACCUUCAACUACAUUCUGUCGAUGGCCGGUGCUGGCGGUUUGAUGGCGUUGCUGUCCACCGGAAAGUCUGCGUAACUUUCCUUCGAUAAGGCGGGCGGUAAGAAAUAACCAGUUUUUGUGUGUGUUUUGCAACAUGUAAGGUAAAAGCAUCAAUUUUCAAUCCAUUAGUUUUCAGACUCCGACUCAAAAUGGUAGUCUCAAAUUCCUAUGGGUAAAAAAAUAGUGGUUUUUGCCUUUAGUUACUUUCUGAAGAAAUAGAGACUUUCGCAUUUAAGUUUAAGAAGGCAUGCGUUUUCUUCGGAUUGUUUUCACAUUUGAGUAAUAAUUUAAAAUAUCACCAACGCGAAAACAUUUUUUUUUUCAUAAGCUCAGUACUGAUGAGAGGAAGGUUUUUCCUUCCCUCUGUUAGAUUACGUUAAGGAAACUACAAUUUUCAUAGCCUGAAUCAGGAGAUUUGAUUGUAUCGUAAUAAAAAGGACGGCAUGAAAAA